AUGCAGACACUUCCCGAACCUGCCAACGGCGAUAUCUUCGCCUUUGGUGGGAAGUUGACGAUCGGCAACGCCGCCACCAACGUGUUCAUCAUCCACGACACGCGUCCAGGCGGAACGGCGUUGCUGCCGUCCAGCCUCUCGGUCAACUUCGUCUUGGAGAAUGUGUACCACAUCGACGCAGCUCUCUUCUCUCGCUAUUGCAGCACCCUGGUCGGUGGCACUCUUAUCAAAGGCUUGGGUCUCCAAGCCGAGGGGUGCCAUUUGGGCGACAGGUCUAUCGACACCGUCUACGAUGAUAUUGUCUGCGUUGUGUCUGACCAGGCUGGCUCCAGCUGCUCGAUUGGAUCUGUAGCUGGGGAUUUCGUCUCCGUUACCGAUCCUGAUGAUGCCUGGAAGGACCCCGAGCUGCCUCCCAACCUCUCAAUCACUCAUAUUGCUGGACAAUCCACCAAGGAGUCUCCCAGAGCAGACGAAGGCAGCCUGGCCAGAGCCCUUUCGACCUGGUCCUCGAUGAAGUUUACUCCUAGUCAGCCUGGACUUGGACACACACCAGCAAUUGCGAUGGGUGCGGACCUUGGUGCUGAUAAGAAUACGUCCAUGCCUUCUCAGCCUUUCAGUAGGUCUUUGCAGGCCAAUCCGCAAGAGAAUGUCGAGGCACAGCUCCUGAAAGCACUCUCAGAGCUAGACGAGGCCCGCCAAGAGCUUGCCUCUUGGAAGCAGCAAAGCCUGGGUCCCCAUCAUGAACUUGCUCUGCCAAAAGUGGAGAGAAGUCACCCAGAGAACCUCGCUCUUACAGAUUCGCAACGCAAGCAACUGCCAGCUCCGGUGCCGCCAGCGAUUGUCUGUGGUAACUGUGAUAGGCCUGGCCACGAGGUUUGCGAUUGCAUCGGACCAGUGGAUGAUCAUGGUUUCAUCGAUGCAUGCCCCCUGUGCAACACUCGAGCCCACGGAUUCGACACAUGUCCAAAGGUGCCAUCUCGCCGCGGCGGCAAGAGCAUUAGAAAGGCGAUCCGAUCCGAGUACUUGGUCCGUCUACGCUCCAACAAAGCCCCCAUCAAAUCGCACAACUGCUGGGUUGCCAUCUGGGUGCAAAGCGGGAUGCCGUCCAUCCCCCUUCCUCACACCAAACAGUUCUCACUCAAGUUGAGCCAAGAUCCUUCGAGCGCUUAUAAUGCUCCAGAUUGGCGAACUUACGAAUACAAUCGCCAGAGCAGCAUCACAUUCAACGAAUUGGUUCAAGAUCCCGACACGGUACUUCGACCGGGGCAGGCUUGCCAACUCGUGCCUGGGUCACAGACUAUCAUGGCCACCGGGCAAAGCUACUGCAGUGUCAAGUACAAGAUGCAACGAGCACAGAGCAAGAUUGAAUCAGUGUAUUCAGCUAAGCACGACAAUGCUCAGCCCAAAAAGCAGCCGUACCGCCGUCAACCUCAGCCGCAACGAAAGAAACAAGCCGCAUUGAAGCAGUCGAAGAAGACCAAAAAGAAGCAACACGCCCGACAUUUACUAGAUGAAGAGGAUUUCAAGGACAAUGUCAAGAGAGAAGCGGGAGAUAUUCCCAGUUUUGCCACAGGGGCAAACUGCACCAUACUACAGCGGCCGCUUCCAACUCUCCCCGCCAGGGAACACAUUCCAUUCAUCAAGCAAGAGCCUGUGGACUACUGA